AUGUACCAGACACCUGCAAAAGGCACUCAAAAUCCACCAAACGCUCAACCCUUACCUCCAAAAUUCACUUUUGAUAUCCCAGUCCAAACCGAACCACACCUUCACUAUACUGCCUAUUCUGAACUUGACCACUUUGAAGAGAAGGAGAGGGAGUGGAGGGCCAAAGAGGAAAAGACUAAGCAGACUAUGAAGGAAGAGAUUGCGAAAGUGAUAAAAGAACUUGAUUACUCUUCAGAAGAGGUGGGGCUGAACUACAAAAAAUUAUGUAUUCAUCCAGAUUUGGACCUUCCGAAAGGGUUCAAAGUGCCAAAAUUCAUCACUUUUAAUGGAACUGGAAAUCCUCUAACACAUCUGAAAGUUUAUUGUGAUCAACUCGUGGGGGUUGGCAAAAAUGAAGCAUUGUUGAUGCAUCUCUUCAGUCGAAGUCUAAAUAGAGAAGCUCUGGAGUGGCUUACAUCACAAGAAUUAAAACAAUGGAUGAGUUGGAAUGAACUUGCAAGGGAUUUUACUGAAAGAUUUGGACAUAACGUAGAAAUUGCUCCUGAUCGCUAUUAUUUAGAAAAAAUCAAACAGAGGUCUACAGAAAAUUAUCGAGAGUAUGCUCUUCGUUGGAGAAAAGAGGCUGCAAGAGUUCAAGCUCCCAUGUCUGAACGUGAGAUCACUGAAAUAUUUAUUCAAACUCAAGAGCCUGAGUAUUAUGAAAGAAUGUUGUGUAUGAUGGGACAAAAAUUUGUCGAGAUCGUCAAGGUGGGAGAAGGUUUGGAACACAGUUUCAAGAUUGGAAAGAUCACAAACCUUAUUGCCUUGCGUGCUAAUGACAAAGCUAUCAGAAUUAGUGAUAUGGAUAUGUCAAAAGGAAAAGAAGAAGCGGUAUUUGUGGUCACUGCUACCCAAAUGUGGUCAGCUCCACAAAGGAAAUAUCAAAAUCGCAAUGUCAAUCAGAAAAAAUUCGCUCGUCCAAACUUUAGGAAGGCUCCUAAGGUAUUUACACCACUAAGGGAAUCUCAAACUCAAUUUUACGAAACGUUAAACACAAUGGGUAUGCUCCAUCCUAUAAAAGGAAGACCAACCAAUCCUUUGGGGAAAUUUUACAAGGUUAACCACAGAUGUGCUUAUCAUUCAGGGGUUGUUGGACACAACACAGAAAAUUGUUCAACCCUCAAGCAGAAUAUUCAAAACAUGAUCAACAAUAAUUUGAUCAAUAUUGAGGAAACCACCUCAAGGGAUAACAUAUUUUAUGAUUAA